UUUCCCUCCCUGGUAGCUUCCAAAUUGCCAGUGGUAUGGCCAGCAUCUUGCACCACAAUGGGUCCCCGGCGGUGAGCGGAGGGACGAUUCAACGAGACGUCUUCACUUUUACUUCUAUAUUUCGUUUUUAAAAAACCGAGCGCCUCGUCGUCCGCUGGUGCACUGCAGGAUUUUGGCAACACCUUUCCCCCCUCCCUCAAUCGCGAUGUUUUGCCCGUCGUACGUCGGGAUGUUUUGAAGGGGACCGUCGGUUGCACCGGAGCAGGACUGUCGUCACGCUUUAGCUGGCGCGGAAUGGUAUUCGAGAGCCAACCUUUCUCAUACCACUGCAGUGAACCAGCCCAGGGUAUAGAAGCUGCACAUCGUCAGGGGUCUUUGAAAAGAAAUUGAUGUGUCAUUUUUCGACCAGCGUUACACAAUGAACAAGAGCAAAGUGGACAACCAGUUUUACAGUGUUGAAGUAGGAGACUCUACCUUCACAGUUCAUCAACGAUACCAGAACCUCAAGCCCGUUGGAUCUGGGGCUCAGGGAAUAGUUUGUGCUGGCUAUGAUGCUAUCCUCGACAGAAAUGUGGCCAUCAAGAAGCUGAGCCGGCCAUUCCAGAACCAGACCCAUGCCAAGCGGGCCUACCGGGAACUAGUGCUCAUGAAAUGUGUCAAUCACAAGAACAUAAUCAGCCUGUUAAAUGUGUUCACACCACAGAAAUGUUUAGAAGAAUUCCAAGACGUGUACCUGGUGAUGGAGCUGAUGGACGCCAACCUGUGCCAGGUGAUCCAGAUGGAGCUGGACCACGAGCGCAUGUCCUACCUGCUCUACCAGAUGCUGUGCGGCAUCAAGCACCUGCACUCAGCAGGGAUCAUCCACAGGGACCUAAAGCCGAGUAAUAUAGUGGUGAAGUCGGACUGCACACUGAAGAUCUUGGACUUCGGCCUGGCCAGGACAGCGGGCACGAGCUUCAUGAUGACUCCCUACGUGGUGACGCGGUAUUACAGGGCCCCAGAGGUCAUCCUGGGCAUGGGCUACAAGGAAAAUGUGGAUUUAUGGUCAGUGGGGUGCAUUAUGGGAGAAAUGGUCCGUCACAAAAUCCUGUUCCCAGGAAGGGACUACAUUGACCAGUGGAACAAAGUGAUUGAGCAGCUGGGCACGCCCUCACCAGAGUUCAUGAAGAAGCUCCAGCCCACAGUUAGGAACUACGUGGAGAACCGGCCCAAGUAUGCCGGUCUUUCCUUACCGAAACUCUUCCCCGACUGCCUGUUUCCGGCUGAUUCAGAGCACAACAAGCUGAAAGCCAGCCAAGCCCGGGAUUUGCUGUCAAAGAUGCUGAUCAUUGACCCUGCCAAGCGUAUGUCUGUGGAUGAGGCUCUGCAGCAUCCCUACAUUAACGUGUGGUAUGACCCAGCCGAGGUGGAGGCGCCACCUCCACAGAUCUAUGACAAGCAGCUGGAUGAGAGGGAGCACACGAUUGAUGAGUGGAAAGAGCUCAUCUACAAAGAGGUUAUGAACUUCGAUGAAAAAGGUAAAGAUGGCGUAGUGAAUGGGCAGCCGCCCCCUUCAGGUGCAGCUGUGAAUGGCAGCGAGAGCCCCCCCCCCUCCACCUCUGCUAACGAUGUCUCGUCCACACCCACGGACCAGACCCUGGCGUCUGAUACCGACAGUGGCCUGGAGGCGGGCGCAGGACCCAUGGGCUGCUGUAGGUGACUAGCCGGGUGCCUGCGCUACCUGGAGUUCUCCGCAAGGUGAAGUGUGCCACACAGGCGGCCUGGCUGCCUGAGAGAAUACACAGGAAACCAUCGUCUUUCUUUUUGAAUGAGAGAGCAGACGUGGAAACGAUACCGCAAAAAUAAACGCAUUUCAUGGGGAAUGAC